CCGCUUCUUAAAGAAAUGCAGCAUAGGAAAAUUGUUAGGUUACAGGAUGUAGUGCACAGUGAGAAGCGAUUGUAUCUGGUUUUCGAGUAUCUGGACUUAGAUCUGAAGAAGCAUAUGGAUUCAUCUCCCGAGUUCAUAAAAGAUCCUCGACAAGUAAAAAUGUUCCUUUAUCAAAUGCUCUGUGGAAUUGCUUACUGUCAUUCACAUAGAGUUCUUCACCGAGACUUGAAACCACAGAAUUUGUUGAUAGAUCGCCGUACUAAUUCUCUAAAGCUUGCAGAUUUUGGAUUGGCCAGGGCAUUUGGCAUUCCUGUCAGAACAUUUACACAUGAGGUAGUUACACUGUGGUACCGAGCUCCAGAAAUAUUGCUUGGAUCUCGUCAUUAUUCAACUCCAGUCGAUGUUUGGUCAGUGGGAUGUAUAUUUGCAGAGAUGUCAAACCGACUAUCUCUAUUCCCCGGGGAUUCAGAGAUUGACGAAUUGUUUAAAAUAUUCAGAAUCUUGGGCACCCCAAACGAAGGUACAUGGCCAGGAGUAACUUCAUUGCCUGAUUUUAAAUCAACAUUUCCCAGGUGGCCAGCUAAGGACCUAGCGGCCGUGGUUCCAAAUCUUGAGCCAGCUGGUCUUGAUCUUAUUUCUAGCAUGCUUUGUUUGGACCCCAGCAAAAGAAUCACCGCCAGGAGCGCAGUGGAACAUGAAUACUUCAAAGACAUUAAAUUUGUACCCUAAUUCCACAUCUUAAUGGUAAAGGUGUUUAUAGCAAUAUGUGCAGAAUUUAUGAAUUUUGAUUUUGCAAGAAAUGGGUGUGCUAUUUUUGUUAUUUUCUUCAACAACUUGGGAUACUGUCAGAUUUUAAUUUUUUGUCCUAAAAUAUUUCAGAUUCAAUUCAGUGUGAUAUGAUAAUAGUAUUUGGCAUAUGACCUUUUUUUUUUUUUGUUGAACUCUGAAUACCAAUAUACAGGUAACUGUUCAGUUUGCUGGAUUUAUGAUCAUUCUUCAUGCACAAUCUAUAGAUUGCAAGAUGUAAACUUUUUCCAAUGCAUAAUUAUCAUCUUCUCUGGGAUAGUAAAUUUCAAAAUCAUAUUUGCAAUAUAGAAGCAGGUUUAUAAGUCCACCCUUCUCAUAUCACUGGCUCAUAAACUUGUCUUCCCAUGGACACAAAUUAGUAAUUUUUCUAUGCUACUUCAAAUCUUUAUCAAUGAAAUACACAUCAAAUUUUGGACAAAAGUCCAACAAAUAUGAGAUGGACUAACACUUUGUAAUCCCUUAUCAAAAUAACUUCUUAACUUGUGUUUCUCAUUUUUGAAAAUAUACCAACAAUCUCUAGCAGCUGUAAUCCUAAAAGGAAUUGGAAAUCUAGGUUGUGUUAACAAAAGAGCAGAGAUUCUAGGGUUUUUAUUAGAAUAACAAAAGUAGGAAUAAUAAGGAUUACAAUAGAGUAUAAAAUUU